AUGGUGACUUCCAACAGAUACCCCCCGAACUCAAAUCCGCAUCAAGUCCAGCAGGCACAACUGCAGGGACAACAGCACCAGCAGUCACAAGCGCCCGUCGCUCCUACCACUCAGACAAAGGGCCGCCCACCGAGUUCCCAACGCAAGUCGAGAGCCUUCAGCUUCAGAUCGGACAAGUCUCACGACGCCAAAGAGCAAAAGCUUGACUUGCACGAGACCAGUGCCGAGAAGGACGCCAAACGGUUACAUACAAAAGCCGACCCUACCUUGGCCAUGAACGAGGCAGAGCCAUCCGAGGUGGCCGCGCACGUUAAGUCAUCGCUCGCUUCUUUGCGGAAUGUGCAGCACAAGGAUGUCUUUGGAAAUCCAAUCGCCGACCCCGAUCGCUCAAAUCCCACCCGCAGUCGUUGGGAGCGCCCUCUCGAUACCAUUCGGAGCUUCGAGGCCGCCAUUGAUGGAGCUUACAGCAAUCGUAGGUCCAUUUACCGCUCAGACUCGGAGUCAACCUGGGGCAAUAACGGCAGACGAAACAGUUAUUAUGGCACAAAUGGCCCCGGUUACUACAACAGCCGACCAGCUUCGGCAAUGUAUCCGAACCGUCAGGACGGCAGCCAACAUGACCUGAGGCAAGCACCACGAGACACUUACUACGAUUACCAGUCAGGAUACAACAGCGGGUAUUCCUCCCCGCCUCAGAGUCAAGGCAGACGUCGUGAUCCCAGGAUCAUGCCUAACCCGCAAUUCUCUUCGCCGUAUCAAUCGCCGAGCGCGAACGACUACCCGAUCCCGAGUAACCAUCGCUCGUACGAGACCGUUGCCUCGGCAUCUGGAAGUGAUCCAUUGGGGUAUCAGACUGAUCCGACAAGUAGUGACAACAGCUCGAUUGAACGAGCUCAAGCGGGACCAGUUUCCAAGCGACCGUCAGAACCAGCAAAUGAUUAUGGAAUAGGAUUCAGCCAGAACACCGAAUAUUCACCAUCAGCUUUCACAGUUGGCUACAACGGGAAACCUGCUACGGGCAUGAACAGCGGUGGAGUAAACAACUACCAAGCGAACGGUACGUCUGGCUUCGCCAACAACAACCUCAACAACUUCAGUCAGGGAAGCCCCAGCGUUGCACCAGUCACAGCGCCUGCUCCGCCCCAGAAAGACAUCCGGACACUACAGAAAAAGUCGACGAACGAUACCAUUCAACCAGAAAGGCCGGGCGCCCCAGAGAAGCGCAAGAGUUGGUUUUCGCGCAAGCUGAAGAGGUAG